CGCACUUCUCCUGCCCGGGCCUUGUGGGCGGUUGCGGGGGGGGGGCACCGCGUGAGCGGGGAAUGGGUGGGCGGUAGCCUUUUCUGUGCCUGAGUGGGGUAUUCUGCCUGAUCGCUUUUUGAUGUUUGUAGCGUCAUGGUUUGUCUUAGUACAGAAAUUGAUUUCUUUGAGGAUAUUCCCCCAGACCAGAAUAUCUGUCUAAUUUUUGUGGGCAUUAAAAACCGGAAGAAAGUGUUGUGAGAGGUCUUUUUAGCCGUUUGGAAGUUGACCAAGCUCUGGAGUUAUCACAAGUUUGCUUACAUUUUUGAGGGUUAACUGGGUGCGGUAGGUUUGAUGAACCAAAAUGUUCCCUGAGGGGUGGGCACUUUGUAAGGGGUUCAGCCUCUUCAGUCUUCUCCGCAAAGACAACCAAUUGUUACUCCUGGCUUGGAGCCCAUUCCCUCCUCCUUGGAAGUUCCUGAAGCCCUGUCCUGUUCAGCCAUUUGCAGAGUUUUCCAUGGUUUAGCGGUGCUCUGUAGCCGUGAUUUACUAGCAUUUAAACCGUGCCAGGCCUUGUUGCACGCAUUUGAAAGGUAUCUUAAUUGAAUUCUUAAUACUCCUCUGUGAGGUAAGGGAUGGGCUUACUGUUCUCCAUUUACAGAGGCGAGGUAAAUUUCUUUAGGUCUUGUAGCUAGUCUGAGGAGAGGCAAGGAUUAGAACUCAGGGCUGUGGAACUCCAAAUCGCUGAGCUGGUAACCAUCAGGCGGGUGUGGCUCCUGUGGUUUGUGUGGUUCAUUCCUGAAAUAGAUUCCAAUUCUGCCCGUGUUACAUGGGCUUCUGCUUGGUGGUUCUCACAUGGGAGGCUGGGCCCAGAGCCCAGGAGAGAUGAAGAAAGUUACUUUGCUUUUUCUUGAUUCCCAGACGCUGUUGUCUGUGGGUGGAAAGAUACUUCCCCUGGGAAGGGAACUGUCUUGAUUUUUAGUGGUACAGGUUGGAUCUUCUCUUCUUUUGAAGAUUACUCUCUUUUUCAUUAGUCUGACCUAGGUAGUAUUUUCCAAUACAGAUUUUGGUGAGAGAGUAAAGACUAGAGGCAGUCAGGACUGGCCUGGAUGCCACGGUGUCUGAGGCGCCUGCUGGACCUGGGGAUGAGUGGUGGGGAACAGCAGUGCUUGGCUGUGUGGUGAUGGAGAACUACGAUGACCCGCACAAAACCCCCGCCUCCCCAGUUGUCCACAUCAGGGGCCUGAUUGACGGCGUGGUGGAAGCUGACCUUGUGGAGGCCUUGCAGGAGUUUGGACCCAUCAGUUAUGUGGUGGUAAUGCCUAAAAAGAGACAAGCAUUGGUGGAAUUUGAAGAUGUGUUGGGGGCUUGCAACGCCGUGAACUACGCAGCCGACAACCAGAUCUACAUUGCGGGCCACCCAGCUUUUGUCAAUUACUCUACCAGCCAGAAAAUCUCCCGCCCCGGGGACUCGGAUGACUCCAGGAGCGUCAACAGUGUGCUUCUCUUUACCAUCUUGAACCCCAUCUAUUCGAUUACCACGGAUGUUCUUUAUACUAUCUGUAACCCUUGUGGUCCUGUCCAGAGAAUUGUCAUUUUCCGGAAGAAUGGAGUCCAGGCUAUGGUGGAAUUUGACUCUGUGCAGAGUGCCCAGCGGGCCAAGGCCUCACUCAAUGGGGCUGACAUCUACUCAGGCUGUUGCACUCUGAAGAUUGAAUAUGCGAAGCCUACACGCUUAAACGUGUUCAAGAAUGAUCAGGAUACUUGGGACUACACAAACCCCAACCUCAGUGGACAAGGUGACCCUGGCAGCAACCCUAACAAACGCCAGAGGCAGCCCCCUCUCCUGGGAGAUCACCCCGCAGAAUAUGGAGGGCCCCACGGUGGGUACCACAGCCAUUACCAUGAUGAGGGCUACGGGCCCCCCCCACCUCACUACGAAGGGAGAAGGAUGGGCCCACCAGUGGGGGGUCACCGCCGGGGCCCAAGUCGCUACGGCCCCCAGUAUGGUCACCCCCCACCCCCUCCCCCACCACCCGAGUAUGGCCCCCACGCCGACAGCCCUGUGCUCAUGGUCUAUGGCUUGGAUCAGUCUAAGAUGAACUGUGACCGGGUCUUCAAUGUCUUCUGCUUGUAUGGCAAUGUGGAGAAGGUGAAAUUCAUGAAAAGCAAGCCGGGGGCCGCCAUGGUGGAGAUGGCGGAUGGCUAUGCUGUGGACCGGGCCAUUACUCACCUCAACAACAACUUCAUGUUUGGGCAGAAGCUGAAUGUCUGUGUCUCCAAACAACCAGCCAUCAUGCCCGGUCAGUCAUAUGGGCUAGAAGAUGGGUCCUGCAGUUACAAAGACUUCAGUGAGUCAAGGAACAAUCGGUUCUCCACUCCAGAGCAGGCAGCCAAGAACCGCAUCCAGCACCCUAGCAACGUGCUACACUUUUUCAAUGCCCCUCUGGAGGUGACUGAGGAGAAUUUCUUUGAGAUCUGCGAUGAGCUGGGAGUGAAGCGGCCGUCUUCUGUGAAAGUAUUCUCAGGCAAAAGUGAACGCAGCUCCUCUGGGCUGCUGGAGUGGGAAUCCAAGAGCGAUGCCCUGGAGACUCUGGGCUUCCUGAACCAUUAUCAGAUGAAAAACCCAAAUGGGCCGUACCCUUACACCCUGAAGUUGUGUUUCUCCACUGCUCAGCACGCUUCCUAAUUAGGUGCCUAUGGAGAGUCCCAUCUGAGCAGGAAAACAUUUCUUUCCUUUAUGCUGGUUUUUUUGUUUGUUUUGUUUUGCAGAUGUUCCUGUAUUCCUUUUUUUUAAUGCUAGGUUAGUAGAGGCUUAACCAUAAAGGAAACGCUGGAAGUCUAAAGGGGGAGGGGAAGGGGAACUGAUAUCUCCCAAGAUUAACCUUCACUUUUUAAAAAUUAUUGUACAUGUGAUUUUUUUUUUUUUUUCCUGUUCAUACAUUUGUGCUGCCCGUGUACUCUUGGCACAUUUCAAUAAAAUUGUUUGG